AUGGGCAAAUAGAAAAAUCUAUCAUUGGAAAUGAUGGAAAGAGUCAUUAUUGAUCUCAAACUAGACUAAGAUUACAGAAAGAUAAAGGGCUCUUUGCUCAGAUGCCCUGGAAACAAUAUGAAUGGAGUCAAGAAUUUGGAUAUUCGCAUGGCUCCAAAAAAAGAGAAUGUUACAACCCAAGCUAAUUCAUAAAAAAGAGGAAAUCUGUAAAAUGUUAGCAAGAUCAUUGCUGUUUCAAGUUGCAAAGGAGGAGUCGGUAAAAGCACAAUUGCCUUAAAUCUUACAUUUUCCUUGCAAAAAUUGGGUUUCAAAGUAGGAAUAUUUGAUGCUGAUGUUUAUGGUCCAUCUCUUCCGACCUUGAUUGGCAAAGAGAAAUAGUAAUUAUAUGCUCCAGAAGAUAAACCUAAAGAAAUUCUACCCAUAGAAUUCAACGGUGUUAAAACCAUGAGUUAUGGAUAUGCUAGUGGCAAUUAGAAAGCUAUUAUUCGAGGUCCUAUGGUUAGUAGCAUCGUUGUUUAAUUAGUACAACAGACUUAAUGGCAAGACUUAGAUUAUUUAGUUGUUGAUAUGCCACCAGGAACAGGAGACAUUCAAAUCAGUUUAUGUUAAGAAUUAAAUUUUAAUGGAGCAAUCAUUGUUACUACUCCUCAAAGAUUAAGUUUCAUUGAUGUUGUUAAGGGAAUAGAAAUGUUUGAUGUCCUUAAAGUACCAACAUUAAGCGUGGUUGAGAAUAUGGCUGAAUAUGUCUGUCCUAAUUGCAAUCACUUACAUAGACCUUUUGGACCAGGUUAUAUAAAUCUGUUACAAAAACAAUUUGGCAUUGCUACCGCUUUGUCUAUCCCUUUAUAUGGAGAUAUUUCCAAAUAUUCAGAUCUGGGAAGUCCUGUAGUCUUAACCUUACCUGAAGACCACACUAUUAAUUAUAUCUAUAGAAAAUUAGCCAAUAACGUUGUAAAUGAAUUAAAUAGAACUGAUUUGAAUAAAAGUCCCACUGUGAGAUAUGAUACAACUAAAAGAGUGAUCAUCAUUAAGGACUUUGAAGGCAAAGAAAAAUCUAUAAAAUCUCUAGAACUUAGAUCAAAAUGCAAUUGUGCCUUAUGUGUAGAUGAAUUUACUGGAAAAAGAUUAAAUCAAAAUCAAAAAUUUGAUCAAGAAGUAUUUCCAUAAAAGAUUGAACCAAAAGGAAACUAUGCUGUAGCAAUUGUUUGGUCUGAUGGCCAUCGUUCUUCUAUCUAUCCAUAUAAGAGAAUGUGGAGUGAAGAAAUUAAUGAGCACUAAUCAUGAUAAUCAGAUAUUAAAUUGAGCAUAUAAUAAAAAUUUAUCAAUAAAUAUAGUAUUCUAAAA